AUGUUAGAAAAAAAGUUUGCUGACAUUGACAAGAAAUUUGAGAAUGUUUUAAACAAGAACAAGAGGAAGUUAGAAAAUGCUCAGAUAAAACCCAUACAUGACAAGUUCCUAUUUGCUCAGAAUGGUAUAACAGGUCUAAUCGCACCACCUGGGUCGGGUAAGACUUUCACUUAUCUUAAAAUGGCUGCACAACAACAAGAACUAGAUGAGAAGAACCCAUUUUAUGAGUUGGUUGUUAUUUGUUCGACAUCUGGUCAAUUCGAUCAAACCGUCAAUUCGUUCAAAGAUAUUAUAAAAAAGUCUAAGUUAGUAUGUAUAAAAGACUCUGAGUUGUUAGAUUGGAUAAAGAAGUACCAAAGAAGAGUUUUGAAGUACAAUGCUAUAAAUGAGUAUAUAAAUUCUAAGUUUAAAGACCCAAAUGAGGAAAUGCAGAGAAUAUUAGAGAAGAAACACUUCAGAAACAAACAGAAAGAGAUAGAAU